GUAUAAAUAGGAUCGUGCAGCUUGCUCUGCAGGCGAAGGGAUGACUGAGACGACACAGCAACUUGCUGCUCGUGGGAGUUUAACUCCAACCAAACACUGAGGAUAAUAUUCCCAUCAUUAAACACCAGACUGUCUGUAAAGAGAUGUCCACUACAACUGUCCUGCCGGUGGUUGGCCUCAGGUCGACGGCCCAGUCAGCUGGACUUGCUGAGAUUGCUGUCAGGCUGUGCUUGAACCAACGUAAACAACUGUGUCCUCAUGUUUGGGUUCCCAUCCUAAAGCCCCAGCGCCCCUGCAUCCGUCCUCCAGUUUCAGAUCAGCUUCCCCCUGACGUCUUGAGCCAAGCCUAUCUUAGCCUCCCUGUACCAUUUUUCUUGGAUGACUUGGAUGAUGAUGAAGUUUUGAUCCCAAUCAAGAACAAACGGGUGGUUUUUGCUGACUCACAGGGAUUUCCUCUAACAGCUGUGCGAGUGUUUUCUGAUGAAGAGGACCAGUCUGACCUCGACCUCCUGCCUUCCCUGCAGAGUUUGGGAAGCAUGACAGAGGAUGGCUACAGCUGCACCGUCAGCACCUGCUGCCCAGGAACUCGGCUCAAACUGGGCUUCCCUCAGCCCUCUGCAGAUUUCCAGGCCUUCCGUGCCAAGCUGGCAAAGAGCAUGGUUAUCCUGGAGAACUGCAAUGUUAAUGACCAGGCUCUCCGAGGCAUCGCCCGAGUUAGGAACAUCAGUUUCCAGAAGGAUGUGCGAGUACGCAUCACCUUUGACUCUUGGCAGAGCUACAGGGAUGUGCCUUGUACGUACCUGCAGAAACGCUUCGGUGGACCUCAGACAGACAUAUUUGAAUUCGACAUUGCUAUUCCUAAAGUGCUAGAUGCCAAAAGGAAGAUAGAAUUCUGUUUAGCUUAUUUACCAGGUGGCCACAGCGAGCCCUUCUGGGAUAACAACAACGGACAGAAUUACAGCAUUGCUGUGAGUGUGAGCUCACAUCUCUGUCGCGGGAAGAAUCUGAGUGAAAGGGCAUGACUUACUCAACUCAGAAAUGAUCCCUAUUUCUGUCAUACAUAAUACGUCAGUCCUGACGAUGAGCCUGAUAUGUUUUAUUACAUUUGCAUCGUUUUCUCUUUGAAUUUAUACUUUUA